AUGUCUGCCAUCACCAACCCAGUCGAGCAAGUCAUGACAACGACUGUGCCCAACCACGAGCCCGAGAUCUGGAUCGGAUACACUAAACAAGGCCGCAAGUACCUCGAAAAGCAGACCAAAGCGCCCAACACGGAACAGCAGAUAUUUCAUCUGAUCGAGUUCUACAAGCUACGCUUCAGUACGAUGGAGCGCGCGAUGUUGCGCUGGCUGUGGUGCCAAAGACCCGUCAUCCAAGUGUGCGAAAUCACAGCAGCCAACGCCCAAAGAUGCAUCUUCCCUUUGGAGGUGCACUUCGAAGACAUCGAGACGUCACAUGCGCUAUCGGCUGCUUUGCUGCGACCGGGGCUACUACGUGAGAGUGGGAGGAUGUUCCACGAAACGGGGUCGUUCGACGUGGAGAACACAGAGGCAUCACCGACGCGGAAAGUAUUGUGCAUCGGCCAUGUCGUCGACAAGAGGUACCUGGUGUGGCCACUAGCCCUAUCCUUCGCUAUUGCGACAGUCGUAGCGGUCAUCGCAGGAGUCGCAACACACAGUGUAUCGUCCGGAGCGGAGUUGGGGGGUUUCAUCGGCGUCGGUGUCGUAUUGUCAUGGUCGUACAUCUUGUGGCUCCUGGGAUAG